AUGGUGCUUCUAUUCGGAGCGGCAUUGGCUUUGGCUCUGGCGAGCAGGUCCGUCAAGGCAGAUGAGCUGAAAGACAUUGAGCAUGUUGUGAUCUUCAUGCAGGAGAAUCGUGCCUGGGACACAUACUUUGGUUCUAUGCCUGGUGUUCGCGGUUUCAAUGACCCCAAUGUCCAGGUUAACAGCCAGAAUCAGCCAGUGUGGUACCAGGUGGUCGACCCGAGCAUGUCAACCGAAGCGAAUACCUUGCUUCCUUGGUACUUGGGAUACGAGGGUGGGGACAGCUUGGAUGCUAUUCAGUGCAUGACUGCUGGAGACAAUGGUUAUCAAGAUAACCAAGCAGCCUACAAUCAGGGCCUCAAUAAUCACUGGGCUCGAAACAACACUCCUUGGAGUUGGGGUUAUUACAAGCGCCAGGAUAUCCCGGUGCAGUUUGCUAUCGCCGAGGGCUGGACUUCGGGUGACAUGUAUCAGGAAUCUCAAAUUACGGCCACCAACCCUAACCGUGUAACUCUGGUUAGUGGCUCAAUCAAUGUUCCGGGUAGUCCCCAGAAGAAGACUCAGGGCGGUGUUUACAUCGACAACAAUGAGGUUCCUGGCUGUGACUCAAACGGUAUCAACUGCUACCCUUUGAACUGGAAAACUAUCUAUGAGUACUAUGAAGAAGCUGGCGUCUCAUGGCAAUUGUACCAAGACACGAACAACUUUGAUGACAACCCCCUGGCAUGGUUCAAGCAGUACCAGCAGGCUUCUUCAUCAUCGCCCCUGGGUCAAAAGGGCAUGUCCUACGUGGGCCUAGAAGCUUUCUACGAGGCCGCUGCCAACGGUACUUUGCCGGAGGUCAGUUUCAUUGUGGGCCCGACCGAACUGUCCGAGCACCCUCCAUACAUGCCUAAGGAUGGCGGCUGGCUGCAGAAGAAGGUCGUGGAUGCGGUGACUAGCAGCCCCAAAUACUCUUCAACUCUGCUGAUGAUCAGCUAUGAUGAGACUGGUGGCUUUGGUGAUCAUGUUACGCCUUUCCACUCCCCCAACGGCACCGCGGGAGAUUGGAUGGAAGAUCCACUCGGACUUUUCGGUGACGUAUUUGUUGGACCUGGCUUCCGUGUCCCAUUUAUGAUGAUUUCACCCUGGACCCGAGGUGGCCGAGUUUUCACCGAGCGAGCUGAUCACAACUCUCAGAUCCUGUUCCUGGAACAGUGGUUAACAGCCCGCGGCUACAAGAAUGUUGAAACUGAGCAGAUGGUGCAUUGGCGCCGGGAACACAUGUCCAACCUGCUCAAUGCUUUGGACCUUGAAAAUCCCGACCUGACUCUACCUGAUAUUCCCACAGCCGAAACCCCAGCGACUAACAGCAAGGGUGGCUACGUUGGCACUUCUCAGUGCGAGUCCACUUACAGCAGCCCGAGACCUCCAGUCCCCUAUGCUGAUCAGGAUAACUCAACCAACAUUAUGUUCUUCGAAGAUGGAUUCAAGGAAACAGUUGGAUAUUUGACCGAGGGCCGCUAUCUGGUAUUUGAGAAGUCUGGUAACGCUUUGGCCAACCCGCAAGACUCCGAAUACUCGUCACUUCAGACCACGCAGGCCACAGACGGCCAUGAAAGGAAAGACCAGCGAUGGGUUAUCCACUACAAUAACGAUGAGGAGAGUGGAAUCUUCACAGUCUCCAGUGCCCUUGAUGGUCGCUGGAUUGGCGCAAACGGCGAUUUCGUUGAUAUGGAUAACUCCGACCAGGCUGCACAGCUGCAUAUUUCAUUCCUCGGCAAUGGAAACGGAUAUAAUAUCCAGUUUGUCAGCGAUGGGAAAUAUCUUAGCACUGAGGAUGACGGUACAUUGAAGUUGGCCAGCAAGAACGAUGCCCCGACUAAAGGGUUCAAGGUCUACAGCGUGACCUAUCAUACCUAG